AUGAGGUUAAAAGUUGGUAAAAAACCAAGUAAUCUUCAUGAGAUCAAGGAAUUUGCUGAAUGGAUUUUACAGCUUGGUGAUGGUCUACUUGGUGGUCCAAAUGAUGGAGAGGUGAAAAUUGAAAUUUCAGAUGAUCUACUUAUACUCGAUCAAGUCAAUCCUAUAUCUUCAUUGAUCUCAUUCACAUAUCCGGAUAUGCAAAAGUUUUUGUGGGAUUCAAAUUACUUCCAACAAAGAGCCAUUCUUGCUCCCACAAAUGAAGUUGUUGAUUCAAUAAAUACAGAAUUGUUAAAUAGUAUGGCUGGUGAAGAGAAGAUAUAUCUUAGUUCGGAUAGUUUAAGUGAGUGUGAGCAACAAAUCGACCUUAACAUGGCAUUGUUUCCUUCGGAUGUGUUAAACAAAUUGCAUUUGUCAGGAUUACCUAACCAUAAAUUGGUUCUCAAAGUUGGAGCUCCAGUAAUGUUACUUAGAAACAUUGAUCAAACAAAUGGUCUGUGUAAUGGUACACGGCUUCAAGUAACAAAACUUGGAAAACGUGUAAUUGAAGCAAAGAUUAUUACCGGAAAUAAUACAGGUCAUCAUACUUUAAUUUCAAGAUUGAAAAUGACACCAUCCGAUAAAAGAUUACCGGUGAAAAUUGCACGAAGACAGUUCCCACUAUCUCUAUGCUUUGCAAUGACCAUCAACAAGAGCCAGGGACAAUCACUUGAACGUGUUGGCCUAUAUCUUCCACGUCCGGUUUUUAGUCACGGACAACUAUAUGUUGCUGUUUCUCGAGUAAAGAGUAGGAAUGGUUUGAAAAUCUUGAUAUGUGACGACAAAAAACAAGUGUGUAAUGCCACAACUAACGUGGUCUACAAAGAAGUUCUUCAAAACCUAUAG